AUGCGAGUUCGACGAAAGAUGACCGAGUCGGUGAAAGCAGAAAGCCUGGCAAAUGUUGUACCAGAUGCUGAUGAAAAUGAGGAAGGCGAGAUCAUCUUGAGUAGCGAUGAUGAGAAAUCAGAAGAAAAGGUUAUAACAAUCGACGACGAUGAAAUGCGGAGCGAUAGUGAUGGAGCUUUGGAAGAAACUCCAUCGCCUGCAAAGAAGAAUAAGCUCUUGAUAAAGAAGUCUCGCAAACGACCGGCGCCCGAGAAGAUUUCAGAUGAGGUUAUCGAUAUUCAUUUCGAGCAAAGGACGGAAAUUGUGGAAACGCCAAAGAAUGUAAUCACCACAAAGAGGACACAAGUCAAAGCAAAGAAGGCAAAAAAUGAAGCUGAUGGAGGAGUGUGCGAGGAGUACGGGGAUUUCGUCUUGGAUCGCGUUGAAACAACAACCACCUCAAUUGAUGUCGGCGAAGAAGAGGAACCAGGAGAGAUUGCAUCCGCUUGGCGCGAAAGCUUGCUGAAGAAGAUCCUGACUCCGAUUGCUGCCAAUGAUACGGAAUCAGCUUCGAAGUCAAAUCGCAAGCGCCCAUCUAUUCAAUGCUGGAACUGUGAUGGUGAUCACAACUUACAAGCGUGUCCCGAAAAAAGAAAUGGAAAGAAGAUUGCCGAGGCCCGAAGAUCGUUCCAAGAGAUGAAGCAAAAGAAUGAAACCCCUGAUCGUUAUCACACGGAAGAGGCAACGACAAGCGAUAAAUUUCGACCUGGCCGAAUUUCAGAUGCUCUACGCAAGGCUAUGGGUCUGGGUCGAGACGAUUUGCCCGAGCACAUCUAUCGAAUGCGUAAGAUGGGUUUUGUGAAUGGGUAUCCACCUGGCUAUUUGAAGAAAGCUUUGGUGAAAAGUGAAGACGGAGAGACCUUAUCGUUCAUUAUGGAUGCGCCCCCUUCGAUGGCUGCCAAGAUUAUUCCUACAACAAGAAAAGGAGCCGAUCCACCAAAAGUCGACCAAAAAAAAGAUCGAGAGAAAAACUUCAACAUCCCUCCAUUCGAUAUCUUCAUCGAAAUGUUGCAAGAGGAGCAAAACCGCCUCUUCAAAGAAGCGAAACGUGAAAAGGCAAAGCAGGUUCCGGUAAAGUCUUCUCGCACUGAACAGCUUCGAGUUAAAGAAGAGGUCGACAUGGAUGUUGAUCGUGUAAACGGAGACGCCGACGAGGUUCGAUCGAUUCAAUCAAUUGGUGAUGAGAAAAAUGAGGACGAGUCAAUUAGCGAAAUGUUCACGAUCGACACUCAACCAACAGCGACCCCGGAAACGCCGAAAGGAAAAGUACUAUCCGAUGUAGUUGAAACGCCAAAACUUGCAAGGGGCUCAUCGACGUCGAUUAUUUCCGGCACGCCGGUGAUACAAUAUCGAUCUAGUGUCACUGGAAAUUUGAUCGAGUCUGGCAGUCUGCCCGAUAUCUCUGCUUUUGCAGCUGGAGUGCAGCCAUUUGAGAGAAACGAGGAAGUGAGCGAAAAGAAAGGUUUCUUCAAAAAAGCAUUUGCAUCAAUUAAAGAGAAGUUCCUCACCAAGAAGCCGAAUUUAGAUUCG